UAAUAAAAAAUAUAUAUAUAUAUUAAACAUGGGCGUGAAACGAAUAUGGAAAUUAUUAGUGCGUAGAAAAGUAUUAGAAGAGCAAAUUGAAACUAGCUCAUCCGAUGACAAACCGCACACAUUUUUAGAUUUAUUUGGAUUAGGAAUUAACAGUGUAUUUGGCAUAGGAUUUUAUUCAAUAAUUGGAUAUUUAUCGUACCAUACAGGACCAUCAGUUAUUAUUUCAAUAAUUAUUGCAGCAGCUGCCGCCAUAUUAUCCAGUCUGUGUUAUGCUGAAUUUGGAGUACGGAUUCGACAAGGAGGCUCAUCGUAUAUUUUUUCAUAUGUUACUCUUGGCGAAUGGCUAGCCUUUAUUGUGGGGUGGACACUGUUAUUAGAAUUUAUUACGGGUAUUGCAAAUUUAUCUCGUGAUAUAUCUUUUAUCAUUGAUACAAUGACAAAUGGAGAAGUAUAUGAUUUCUUUCAAACACAAAUAUUGACAAUUGAUAUAGAAUAUUUUUCAUCAUAUAUUGAUUUUAUUGCACUUGGAAUUCCAAUAAUAUUAGCUAUUCUCAUUCAAAUUCCAAUACCAAGGUAUCCAAAAUUACAAAAAUUUAUCGCAAUAAUAAAUAUUAUUUUGGGUUUGACCAUAAUAAUUAUUAUUGCAUGUACUCAAGAUUUUGACAUAGCAUGGGAUUUAGACAGCUGGUUUCCAAAUGGUGUUUCUGGUUUCUUAAAAAGUAUUCCAAUAUGUUUUUGUGUAUUUAUGUCAAUUGAAUUUAUCAUUAUGGCCCAAAAAGAUCUAGUUAUUGAUCAUAUUCAACAAAAGUCCACAAUUAUUCCGAUGAUCAUGUCACUUUUGUGUAAUGCCAUUUCCGUGUCUUUGAUAAUAUUCGUGACGUAUUUUGUUGUACGAAACUAUGACGUAAACGAAGAUCCUCGAAAUAUAAUUUUAGAAAUAUUUAUUCGUAAUGAAGUAAUUUGGGCGAAAUGGUUUGCGAUUUUUUGCCAAAUGAUUGCAAUUAUUAUUGGUCUAUAUAUGAUAAUGAUUGCCAUGCCAAAAAUUCUUUACAAAAUGGUACACGAUUCUAUAUUAUUCAAAUGUUUUGGACGAAAUUCUGAUACGUAUAAAAAACCAUUUGUUGGUACAUUGUUAAUGACUUUAAUAUCAGGAUUGUUGGGAGCAUUUUUUUCAAAUGAAUUUUUAUUAAACAUUUUGGCGUUAUGUAUAUUAUUAACAUUUACAUUAGUUGCCGUUUCAACUUUAGUAUUAAGAUACACGGAUGGACGAAUCCAAAAAGAAGAAUAUUUACCAUCAGAAAUGAAAUCCACUUCCAUAUCGAAUUUAAUUGUCAGCGAAGAUCACGUAACAAUGAGUGAUUAUUUUGGACAACUAUUCAAUACAAAUAAUGUGAGCUCUCCAACGCCGGUUACCACAUUAAUUGUUCAAAUAAAUACCACAUUUUUUUGUAUUUUCGCGUUAUUAUUAAAUGGAUUCCUCGUAUUUGGUGAUAAUUGUCUUUACGAAGGACAAAUUUGGAUUAUUGUUGUAAUAUCAGUAUUAAUCUUAUUACAUAUAAUUACUUUACUGACAAUUAGCGUGCAACCGACUAACAAACGAGAUUUAUCGUUUAAGGUUCCAAUGGUUCCUAUUUGUCCAGCCAUAAGUGUAUUGAUCAAUAUUUAUAUUAUGUUUCAAUUAGAAUAUAAAAUUUGGAUUGGGUUAGGAAUUUGGAUUGCCAUUGGCUUAUGUGUAUAUUUCACCUGUUUAAAAAUCUAUAAGCGUUCCGACAACAAAUCAACAUUUUCACUAAAUCGAAAAACCUUAAAUGGUAUAAUGAAUUUUGCUUAUGAUAAUGAACUCAACUUUGAAGUUGCGGAGCCAUUACCUAAACAAAACACACCACCUACAAUACGCGCAUCAAAAGCCAUUAAUUUAAGAUUGGAAGAAGAUAGAAUUGAAAGUAUUAAAAACGUCGAAGAAAUCGAAACUAUUAGUAGAUUAGAAGAAAUGAUUGAAGAAAAUGAUAUUCAGAAAACAGAAUUUACUGAAAAUGAAGUUGUUUAUGAUAAAAUUAGCAUCGAUGACGACGAGAACGAAGAAUAUCAACGUGAAAAACAUCGUGCAAGUAGCGCCACGUACGUGUUAGAUAUGUUAGAUAAAGUCUUAGCCUAUGAAUCCGAUGAUUCUGAUGAAUUAUCAACGACAAAUCGAAAAACAUCGUUUGAUACGGAAUCAGUCCGAUCGACAACAGAUCCAAUUGAACAUUCAGCAUUAGUUCAUCGUGAAGAUUCCACUAAAAAUGUGCAGAAUUUGAUAAUCGAACCAGAAAAGGAAAGCCACCAGACUAGGCAAGAUUCCGAUGUGCAGAUUAUGACAAGUGAGUCAGAAAAGGAAACCGUUCAUGUAGUGCCACCUCCACCCCCGCCCAUAGAAAAUUUGAACUUAGAAUUAGCUGAGGAAGAUGAUGUAGUUGAAGAUAUUUCCAAAUUAUAUGACACUAUACCAAAAACACCAAAUGUUUCACGUGUCGAAUCAAUGAUGCGACCAAAACAAUUACAAGAGAAACCACAUAACAAAGGUUUAUACAAACCAGAAAUUUACGAUGACGAAGAAGUUGAACGCAAAUUAAGUACACCAGCUGAAAGUAAUAGUGGUCUAUUAGCGGAAAUUAAUAAAGAAAUAUUAGCACGUAAAAAAUUAUGUACUAUCCAACAUAUUGAGAAAAACGGUGAACCAAAUGACAAUACCGAAGAAGAAGAGUCUGAAGAAAGUAUGAAACCAAGUGAUAUACGUAAUAAAUUGGAAUUAAUUUAUAAAACUGGGCCACGUAAUCCAGAAGAAAAACAAAAAACUCUACGUAAAACAAUUGCUGUUAUUCCAUAUCAUAAUCCAGAAGAGGAGCCUGCAGAACAACCAUCAAAUGCCAUAGAUGAUCCAAAUAGUUCAAGUUUACUUGCACAACAAUUACGUGCGCGAAAAACUUUAUUUGCAAAACCGGAUAGUGGUAUUGAUUCUGGAAAUAGUAGCACAAUAUCGAAUGAUGAAACUAGACAAGAAAAACAUGAGGUGAGCGAAGAAGAACCAGAAAUAGAAACACCGUCAGACAUACGAAUGAGAUUAAAUCAAAUAUUAUCGAAAGGACCACAGCACCCAUCACAAUUAAAUAAUAGCAAUAAAUUGUUACCAAUUUCGGUACCUAAAGUUUCCGAAACAAACGAAGAACCAAAACCAACAACUAACCAAAUUCAAAAAGAAGUUUCUGAAACUCCGCGAUCGUCAGUUCAAUCAGAAUCCAAAGUUUCCAUCAUAAUUAGAUCGCUAAAUGAUUUAAAUGAUCGAGAAGAUUCAAUUUUAGCACAUAAAAAACUAAUGGGUAACGUAUUUAAGUCCAUUAAAGAACGAAAAUCAGAUUCACCCGUACGUAGCGAUAGUGUAUUUCUUACAAAAUUACAAAGCCAGAAUGAACGUAUUAAAAAUAACGAAGUUAUUUCCGUUACAACUAAACUGUAG